CGUGUACCGGGCUCACAGGGCAAAGUGAAACGAGUACGAGUGGUUGGUGAUCGCAGAUAGAUGACUGGUCAAUAACCAAUCGCUGGUGUUGGUAGAGGCUGAAGCAUGGAGGCACUUUAUCACCAGUGCAACAAGCACAUCCAUGAUCUUCAGUCCCAUAUGGGACGACUGGAGACAUGUGACAGACAGGCUGUUCAUCUGGUGGAGAAUGAGAUCCAAGCUAGAAUAGAUCAGAUCUUCAGCAGCUUGGAGCGUCUGGAAAUCUUGUCAAGCAAGGAGCCACCAAGCAAGCGACAAAAUGCAAAACUCCGUGUCGACCAGCUGAAAUAUGAUGUACAACAUUUACAGACAGCUUUAAGAAACUUCCAGCAUCAGCGUUACACUCGGGAGCAGCAGGAACGAGAACGGGAAGAGCUUCUUUCUCGGAAUUACACCACAAAUGACUCAGAGACCUCUAUACCAAUGGAUGAGACUCUCCAAUUUAACUCCUCGGUCCGUAACGCCCACCAAGAGAUGGACAACCUACUGGGGAGCGGGAGCAGUAUACUAACAGGGCUGAGGGAGCAGAGGAAGACUCUGAAGGGGGCACAAAAGAAGAUCCUGGACGUGGCUAACAUGCUUGGACUUUCUAACACAGUUAUGCGUCUGAUUGAGAAGCGAGCAUUUCAGGACAAGGCUAUAAUGAUUGGUGGGAUGGUGGUCACCUGCGUGAUCAUGGUUUUAGUGUUCAAGUAUCUGACAUGAAACAUGCUCCCCUUUACACACCCUUCUGUCUCUGCUCUCUACACUUUCAACUGUGAAAACUCAAUGCCUAUGUUUGAGACAGAGGUGGAAGGCAUCCCAAAAGAACUUGUUAAAUGCAAUGUUAACCACUGCACAGCAGGUAGUUCCACCAGGUGUAUUUAAUGAUCUUCAUUAAAAUAUAUAUAUAUAUAUAUAUAUAUAUAUAUAUAUAUAUAUAUAUAUAUAUAUAUAUAUAUAUAUAUGUAUAUAUGUAUAUGCUUAUUUAAAAUCCAGGAAACGAAAGGCCAUGUUUCAGGUGAUAACAUCAGUUACAAAAGAAAAGCUAUGACUAGGGACAGUGCAAGAUAUUGGGAAGCUAAAUACAUUCAGCUGGUAGAUGGAAGGGUGUGGAGAUAUCUACAGAAGGUUAUAGAGGAGAAAAGCAUCAUGCCAGACAGCCAUAGAACAAAUAAUAGCUUGCAAGGGUGGUGGAUAAACUUGAGGUUAGUAGUCUAUAGGAGCAUGAAGAAUAUGAUGAUGAAGUAGCAGAAGCUUUGGUGUACAAGAGAAUGGGGUGAGGACAUGCCCGUUAAAUAUAGAGAUGUAGGGCCAGGAGGUAAAUGUGCAUUACAAGGCUGCUCUGAACAAAGAGUCAAAAGAAAACAGACAUUCAGGAUGGUAUGGAUUAUAGAAUUGUUUGCAGGUUAUAUGAACUAGGAUAUAAGAAAGAGGAAAUACUAAUAUGGCAGCAGUUAUAAGGCGAGUGCACAUUGGCAAAGAAUUGGAGGAUAGAGCCUGUUCUAUUUAAUUGGGGGGUUGGCUUUAAACUUGGGGAUAUGGGAAGCAGAUGUGUAGGGUCACAUUGGGGCUAAAGUUCUGUUUAUGGAAAUUAUACCUUUACCCAUUAACAAUGCUGCAAUAAGCUCACUGCUUGCAAAAGGAAGUUUCCCAUAUAUUAACCCCUUGCAUGCAAAUGCAUAUACACCUCUCUCCUGGAAUGGAAUAAUGAGUGCACAUCUAUGCUGCUGCAGUGUUUGAUGGCUCAGCAGGUGUCGGCAUGCAGCCCAUUUCUAAUGCCUUAUUUACAUACUGUCAGGAUCUAUACACACGUGUGUAUACGUAACAAAAUGCUUUCAGGAUCAUGCUUACUGUGUGAACCAAGAGGAGCGAUAUGUAGAAACAAAACUGCAUUUCCGUAAGAUGUCUCUCAUUCUUGUUUGUCCGGCACCUCAUUUUUUUUGUGCCAAGGUUUCAUAUGCUACUAUGUGCUGCUACACUGGUAUAUCCAUCUCCCAGCAAGUUUUAACAUGAAAGAUUGGUCACCAAACCAUUUACACAUUCAUGAUUUGUGUGUUAGAGGAAAUUAUUUGUGAAUAAAUAAACUUUCUCAUACCCUGCUUUGUAAAGUUAGUCACUCUGCACCAAUAGAGCUGUGGGGGCUUCUAUAAACCAUUGUACAUUGAAUACCUAUGUAUCAGAUGUGCACAAUGGGUUUCCUAAAGUUAACAUUUAAUUUAUUUUUAAUGAAUCGUUUCAUGGGAAAAGAAGACAUUUUACUUACAACUCCUUUGUAUGACUGAUAGAAACAUUUUAAGUACAAUGUCCCUUUUUCCUAAUAUGAGAGCUUCAUUUUCUUGUUAAAAAAUGUAUGGGCAUUAAACACGCAGUACAUAUAAGCGUAGUAUUCCUCACCUCCCUCUAGUCCUACGUGCUGCCAUAUUGAAAUCUAUCACUAGAUUCUAGUGCUGACCUGUUUGCACAUUUAGGGCUUGAUUACAAGUGGAGCGCUAAAUUAUAGCGCGUCUAUAAAUGGGCAAAUUUGUGGCUGGUUAUUAAUAGCAAUUAGCGCUCCAAAAAUUAACCAGAGACCUGAUCUGUGGUUAAUUUUCUAAAAGUGCCCCAAAUGCCAUCAAAAUAGAGGGCAUUUAUAGUUUAUUUUAAAAAAAAUACCCACUAGGCAGUUUUCGGGCUUUAAAGUUGGUGGGGGUGGGGUGUUAAAAAAAAAAAAUUGGCACUGAAAAUUGCCUUUACAACUGCGUGUUCCUAUAGACCGCAAUGUAAAUAUAUGUAUGAUUAUAUACAUAUUUAUGUGUAUAUACAAACAUUAACACAAAUAUAUAUGUAUAUAUUCAUAUACAUAUAUAUUUAUAUAUAUAUAUACACAUAUUAACACAUAAAUAUAUAUUUAAAAAUGCUGCCCAUAGUUCCGCGACUUACCCCCUUCUACAAGCCUAUGGAAGCGCGCUCUUAUGAGCGCAAUGCGUCCUAGCGAGCUCGCGUUUGCAUUGCGAUUUACUUGUAAUACCAACGCACACUAUAAUGCGCUGGUAUUACAAAGUGGAGCACUUAUAUCGCUUGCACGCAAACGAUAUUUAUCGCUCCACAAAUAAUUCUAGCCCACAGUUUGCAGUAACUCUUCUUCAGAUACCUGCAGUGUAACCUAGGUUCUAUAAUGAUAGCACCCAUGAUUUGAGGGAGCUGUAUGAAAUGUAUUUAGUGUCCCUUUAUUUGAAUAACUGUGAUAAUCUAGUAAGGCUGCAAACAAAAUUCUAUACAGUAAUCACCUAAGCAUUAAAAAAUAUAAACAGGGAAACAGCCGCAUUAGUCUAGACUUUUUACUAAAAAAAUAAUAAUGUUUAAAUAGCAAUAUAAUAAUGUUUUACAGGUAUUGAUAAUCAAUUGUAUAUUAAGUAGUGUGUGUGUUAUGUAUGCCAGAACUAAUGUAGUUGUGUUUUAAUUACAACUGUUCAACUCUGCUGACUGCUUGGAAAAUAAUGUCCCCUAUAGUACAGCAAUCUCUUAUUGCCUUACAGUUCAGUUCUGAAUAUCACAAAAGUGUUUUAUUUUGUUCUUUUACCACAUUUUAAUUUAUAAUUAAAAAAGAUGAACAUUAAAGGUUAAAAUGUUUUUAAUACCAAUGCCUAUAUUCCAACUGAAACAUUUAAAACUAAAUAAAUAUGUUACUUUUAUCUACUCAAAGGUACAAUCUGGUAGUAAUCAUAGCAUUUUGAUUAUCUUUCGAUUGUAGCUGCUGUUUUAAAAAAGUAGGUUUGGAAUAUUUAUUUUUAACUAACCUACAACCAGUGUUCCCUCUAAGGCCAGUUUUGUGAGCAGCCCAGAUGUGAAACAGUUAAUAAGAGCAAUUAGCAAACACUACACAAUGCAGACUGCAAGGUGUGGUUCCCUUAUUAACGGUUUCAUUUAUUGGCCGCUCAGAAAACUGACCUUAAAGGGAACACUGCCUACAACCUUCAAUUCCUAUAUCAAAAGCUUUUAGUGUUGGUAAAUUAGUGUAUAUAUAUAUAUUUUAUAAUAAAAGAUUUAUAAUCCUAAUCGGUAAUGUCUGUUCCUCCGCCCCGUUCAUUUCCUCUAUUGGCUGGGCUGUGAUGUAUAGAGCAGUCGCAUCCACUCUCUACAUAGGCUUUAAAGGGGCUGGACUUCAAGACUGUCAUAUGACACACACGUUGAUUGGAUGUUCACUGGAAUUGUCCUAAAAAACAAAAGUUCAUCCAAGUGGGCUGGCAUAACAUUGCAAUAGAGGCAUUACCAUAUGUACUAAUUUAACCCUUUCAUAGAUGGAUUAAAAUAAGAUACACAUAUACUUUCUUUAAUGACAAAGAUUAAAUAUAUGGAAUUUGAUUAGUUAAAGGGACAGUCGAGUCCAAAAAAAACUUUCAUGAUUUAAAUAGGGCAUGUCAUUUUAAACAACUUCCAAAUUAAAUUUAUCACCGAUUUUGCUUUGUUCUCUUGGUAUUCUUAGUUGAAAGCUAAACCUAGGAGGUUCAUAUGCCAAUUUCUUAGACCUUGAAGACUGCCUCUAAUCUGAAUGCAUUUUGACCACUAGAGGGCAUUAGUUUAUGUGUUUCAUAUAGAUAUCAUUGAGCUCAUGCACGUCAAGUGACCUAGGAGUGAACACUGAUUGGCUAAAAUGCAAGUCUGUCAAAAUAACUGAAAUAAGGGGCAGUCAGCAGAAGCUUAGAUACAAGGUAAUUACAGAGGUAAAACGUGUAUUAUUAUAACUGUGUUGGUUAUGCAAAACUGAGGAAUGGGUAAUAAAGGGAUUGUCUUUCUUUUUAUAAA